CCUCCUGACAGUUGGACGAUCUUCAGCGUGUCAACAUUACAGAAAUGAGCAGCAGACAGCGUCUAAACACGCUAACUACCGCGUGUGUCAGCGACCUCUUUACGUGAACACCUCGAGGAGCAGCGCAGACGACCGGCUGGUGAGGAAAUGUAUCUUUAAAAAAGAACCUCAAUUAGCAGCAGCGGCGGCAGCAGGAGGAGGAAUAGGAGGAGUCCUGAAUCUGACAUGCUGAUAGAAGAGUAUCAACCCCACUGAUGGAAACCCAGAGUAAGAGCUCUUGGGACGAUGGCGGCGGCGGCGAGCGAGGACUGCUCCACUCUUGGAAGGGCUACUCUUACAGCGUCACCCCAGAGAGGCUGCUACUCCCCCGGCCGGUCCUCCAGGUCGCUCUGGGUUCGCAGCAUGGCGUUCUCCUGGUGGAAGGGGGACAGGUGUACAGCUUCGGCGAGUUGCCGUGGAAGCAGAGUCAAGUGCCAGAGCCAGCCAAACCGACCCUGGAGAGCGCGCUCAGUGGGCAGCGGGUGGUCACAGUCGCAGCCGGAAGCUUUCACAGUGGGGCAGUGACGGAGGAUGGCGGCGUCCACAUGUGGGGGGAGAACAGUGCGGGACAGUGCGGCUUGUCGGGCCUCAGCACUGUUCCCAACCCAACUCCUGUCGCCGUGCAGGACUUGGACACUGUCACUGUCCCCCCGCAGACGGUGCCGGUGCUGGAGCUGGCUUGUGGGGAGAAGCACACCCUGGCUCUGUCGGUGCAGCGUGAGGUGUGGGCAUGGGGCAGCGGUUGCCAGCUGGGCCUCAACGCCGCCGUCUUCCCUGUGUGGAAGCCUCAGAAGGUGGAGCACCUGGCGGGCCGGUAUGUUUUACAGGUGGCCUGCGGGGCAUCUCACAGCCUAGCUCUGGUGCGCUGCCUGGGGUCUCACGAUGGCCACCGACCUCAUGUGGACAAAUGUGGGAGGUGUAAUGAACUGCUCUACACCAUGACAGACAAAGAAGACCACGUCAUCAUCUCUGACAGCCACUACUGCCCGCUUGGCGUGGAGCUGACCGAGGAUGACGGAAAGCUGGAGGCUCCCACCCCAACCACAGGUCUCAAAACAUCCCCAUCAGAGCCUGUCCUCCCCUCCUACACCUCAAAGUCAGAGUCCCCGGCAGUGCCUACAGUCGCUGACCCCACCUCUGUCCCCUCCCAACCUCAGGCCUCUGAGGAAGGGGAAGCAUCUUUGGUUAAUGGCAUGCUCCAGGUCUCAGACUCAGGCACCUUGGCUCUAUCUGGAGGUGAGAGUGAUGCUGUUGCCGGGGCCAAGAGCUCACCAUAUCCAGAUGAGCAGGCCGUGAAGGACUACCUGAAGAAGCUGUCCGACAACACACAGACAGACACAAAGGCGAGCGGAGGGCUGAAUGCUCUGCUGCCCUCAACUGGAGGACUGAUCUCCUCCACCCCCACCUCGGCACUCAACAACCUGGUUGCCUCCUGCGCCUCUGCAGUGGGCGGGCGGGUGGCCUCCACCUACGAGGCCCUGUCCCUGAAAAAGAUGAUGAACUUCUACCUCCCCUCAGGGGCCUCACGGUCAGGAGGAUCCCCUGGAGUGGUCGAUAACUCUGCUGAGCGUGUCCGCCAGGAGGACUCCAUGCAGGGGAAGAAGAGCUCCAGCACAGGGGACAUCCGUGAAGAGGAGGCAGAGGGUCUGCGGCGCCGCCUCUCGCUGCCAGGGCUGCUCUCACAGGUGUCACCGCGACUGCUAAGGAAAACCGGUCGUCCCAAAAUGCGAGCGGUCGCCCUCACCCCGCUGGGAGGGGCCGUCCCCGAGGACCACGAGGUGCUGCCCACCCUGCAGACAGAGGUGUGGAGCUGGGGCCACGGCGAGCAUGGGCAGCUGGGACACGGAGACAACCUGGCCAGACUGCAGCCGCUCUGCAUCAAGAGUCUGAACAACAAGGAGGUGGUGCGGGUGGCAGCCGGCGCUCACCAUUCCCUCGCUCUGACGGCUCAGUCUCAGGUGUUUUCAUGGGGCAGUAACAGCUCUGGUCAGCUGGGACACAUGGAGUCACCGAGCACCGUCCCCCGCCUCGCCAAGCUGUCAGAGGGGAUCCGAGUGUGGGACGUGAGCGCGGGAGAGAGGCACACACUCCUGCUCGCAGACGGAGACUGCAUCCAGCCCAUCAUUUACUACAGCGGGCAGCAGGUGAAGGAGGGCGAGGAGGAGGGGGGUAAUGAGAAGGAGCUGCAUCAGCAGGGAGGAGGAGAGGAGGAAGAGGAGGAGCAGGCGGGGGGCUACACCCAGCAGCCUGUUCUGCUGCCCUUCUGCAUGAACCUUGGUUAUGUGAGCAGUGUGUUCGCGGGUGGGCGGCGGUGCGUGGCACUCUCUGACAGGAAUGUGAUGGGCUUCAUCGCCAGCCUCCACGAGCUCGCGUCAGCUGAGAGGAGGUUUUACUGCAAGCUGUGUAACAUCAAGUCUCAGAUCUUACGCCCUCUGCUGGAGCUGGAGUCUCUGAGCUCGGCCCUCGGGCAGGUCAUCUUCGGCCUCCUGCAGACACUGGCGAGCAGGUUUGGCCGGCUGUGUCACCUGACUGGGCAGCACGCCACCAGCCUCACUGCUAGCCUGCGGCGUUGUCGUGAGGUCAAAAGCCUUCUCAUCUUGGAGCACACCAGUAUUUUCCUCGACUGUUACAACGAUUACUGCAGCGCCGUCGGAAACUUCCAGGUGAUGGGAGGCUUCCAGGCUCUGACCAAACCAUCCAUAGACAUGUUUGGGAAAAGUCCGGAGCUGCUCCAGAAGCUGUCAGAGUGCGGCGAGGAGAACCUCACCACGGCCGACCUCCUGGUGGUGCUCUUCUACCUCCCUUCACGCCACCUUCACGAAUACAGCCGGCUGCUGCUCAAACUGGCCACCUGCUUCGAAGUGGUAGGUGGAAGAAACACGAGCAGCAGCGCAUGUGACCUCAAAUGUUCCACUGAGUACCAGAAGCUUCAGGACAGCUGCUCCAAGUUUGAAGCUUCGGUCUUGCAACUGAAGCGAAAAAGGAAAGAGGCCGACUACACUGUUCACUUCUGGAAGAUCUUUCCUGGAAAAAUGACGGACUCUCUGCGGAAGCCUUACCGGCGGCUGAUCUGCGAGAGCAGCAACAAAGGUCUGACCCUGCAGAAUGCCGGCAGGUUCUCUGUCAACUGGUUCAUCCUGUUCAACGAUGUUUUGGUCCACGCACAGGGCGUGGCGCCUUGUAAAAAUCUUUUCUCCACCCAUCACAUCUUCCCUUUGGCCACGCUGUGGGUGGAGCCGAUCCCAGAGGAGGACACGGGCCUGUAUGGGUUAAAGGUGAUCACUCCUGAGGAGACGCUCACCCUGCUCGCCUCGUCUCCCAUGGAGAAGGCCAAGUGGCUUCGUUCCAUCAACCAGGCGGUGGACCAGGCCCUGAGCGGAAAGGGACAGGACGCUGCGUCAGGCAGCUCGGUGCAGAAGUUGGAGCCUCCCAUCUCCAGAACGGCUUCGUACACGUUUUAUAAGGAAGGGCGACUGAAGGAUGCGACAUAUGAGGGUCGCUGGCUGUCUGGAAAGCCCAACGGCAGAGGUGUUUUGAAAUGGUCUGAUGGGAGAAUAUAUACUGGGGCAUUCAAGAAUGGACUAGAAGAUGGCUUUGGUGAGUUUGUGGCCCCCAAUAAGACGCUGAACAAGAACGACCACUAUCAAGGUUACUGGAAAGAUGGCAAGAUGCACGGCCUGGGGACAUACAGGUAUGCCAGCGGUGAAGUUUAUGACGGGUCCUUUCAGGAGGGCGUGCGGCACGGUCACGGCAUGCUGCGCAGUGGCAAACUGAACACCUCGUCCCCCAGCGUCUUCAUUGGCCAGUGGCUGCAGGACAAGAAGACCGGCUAUGGAGUCUUUGACGAUAUCACCAAAGGAGAGAAGUACAUGGGCAUGUGGCAGGACCACCAGCGGCAGGGCACUGGAGUGGUGGUCACCCAGUUUGGCCUGUACUAUGAAGGAGCUUUUAAAGACAACAAGAUGAUGGGCACCGGUGUCCUUCUGUCAGAGGACGACACGACGUACGAGGGCGAAUUCUCAGAUGACUGGACCCUCAGUGGAAAGGGCGUGCUGACCAUGCCCAAUGGUGACUACCUGGAGGGCUCCUUCAAUGGUGAAUGGGGCUCUGGUCUCAAAGUGACGGGCUCCUACUUUAAACCACACCUGUUCGACACCGACAAGGACAAGACCCAAGCCAUGAAGCUGGGUCAUCUGUGUGUGUGCGCCGAGGAUAAGUGGCCGGCGGUUUUCGAGGAGUGUUGGAGUCAGCUGGGCUGUGAGGCUCCGGGCCAAGGGGAGCCCGAAAAGGCCUGGGAGAACAUCGCUGUGGCCCUCACCACCAGCCAGCGACACAUCCUGGACAGUCCAGAGAUUUUGUCUCGAUCUCACAACAAAACGCUGGAGAGUCUGGAAGUAAUCCCGCAGCACGUAGGGCCGAUCACCAUGGACAGAUACAACGCCAUCCGCCUCUACCUAAUCAAGGCGUGUGACACUCCGCUGCACCCUCUGGGUCGGCUGCUGGAGACCCUGGUGGCGGUCUACAGGAUGACCUAUGUGGGUGUUGGCGCCAACCGUCGGCUCCUGCAUCAGGCCGUCAGCGAGAUUAAAUCUUACCUCAACCGCAUCUUCCUGAUUGUCAGAUUUUUAUUCCCAGACCUGCCAGAAGAGGGCGGUCUAAUCCCAGAGCCAACCACCGACCUGCAGGAAAAGAAUGAGCCCGAUUCCACUGAUGCCCUACCGGAGUCUCCCAAACCUGCCCGCGUGGUGAGCAGCUCGGCUCUGCUGCUUCCUGUCCUGCUGCCCCGUCUCUACCCGCCGCUGUUCACCCUCUACGCCCUGGACAAAGAGAGAGAGGACGACGUGUACUGGGAGUGCGUCCUGCGCCUCAACAAGCAGCCCGACCUCGCCCUGCUCGCCUUCCUGGGCGUCCAGCAAAAGUUUUGGCCCGUUUCCAUCCCAACAUCUUUGCCUGCGCCGGGCGAGAAGCAACAGGUCAUCCCCAGCACCAAAGACGCCUGCUUUGCUUCUGCGGUGGAAACACUACAGCAGAUCAGCACAACUUUCACGCCAUCAGACAAGCUGCAGGUGAUCCAGCUCACAUUCGAAGAGAUCACACAGGAGGUCCAGGUGCUUCUGAAGCAGGACUUCCUGUGGUCCAUGGACGACCUCUUCCCUGUCUUCCUCUAUGUGGUACUACGAGCGCGUAUCAGGAACCUCGGUUCUGAGGUCAGUCUGAUCGAAGACCUGAUGGACCCCUGCGUCCAGCACGGAGAACACGGCAUCAUGUUCACCACCCUCAAGGCCUGCUACUACCAGAUCCAGCAUGAGAAGGUCACUUAAGACGAGACCGCUGCUACAUCCUCGGUGACCUUCAUGCUGCUGCUUUUCCACUCCCCUCCUCUCAGCUCCAGUAGCCGGGCAUGAGGAUGACUGACAGGGAGGAGGAGGGGUCAUAAGAACAGGUCGUCGAAUGCUGUUUGGACACAUCCCGUCACAGAUCCUCCCUCCCUGAAACACUCAUCAUCCACAGGUGAUGAAGGUAGAAAUGUGGCCGUGAUGACAGACGCAAGCACAGUCGCACCAUCCAUGUGGGUGGAGUUGGGGAAUAAAGAUGACUGUUAUUAAAUCACCUUUAGCAGGGAGGGAGUGCAAAGUUUGUCUGUGGGAUACCGACCUCAUUUUUUCUCCUUAAAAUUUUUAAUGUUAAAAAAAAAAAACAGUAAAUCUGGAAACAUGAAUUAUUUUCAGUGAAAGCUACAUGAAGAGGAAGUAACUCCAUAAACUGUGGAUUCAUGAACUUUAUAGUCUGAGAUGGAUGCCUACGGUUAGUGGCUGUUAUGCACUGCAGGGGGGAGACGGUCCUGAAGGAAGUUUUUUUUUUUUUGCAAGUAAAACUGACACUCGUUCAAAGUUUCUUUGGAGAGGAUUUAUUUGGGCGAGCUGACAGCCCCUUUUCAUGCUGUAUUUAAAGAAAGAACGUGUUACAGCAUCAGUGAACGGACCUGAAUCUUAACAGUUGCUUAUAAAGAUUUUUUUAUUUCUUCAUUUGAAGCACAAGCUUCGGCCGGAUUGUUGACUUGAAAGCGUACUCACACGUCCUCUGAACACAACCUCAGACUGUUACAUUUAAAAUGCGUAUCCUUCCUCUGGCCUUUAGUGCAUACAUUAUUUUGGUGUCUGUUUUUUGGGGGAUAUCAGCUGUAGAGAUGCUCAACUUGUGGUGCUCAAAGCAGCAAAGCAAAUGCGUUUAAAUAUCUUGUAAGUAAGACUGAAAAACCUUUUGUUUCACCUCAUCUCGCCUCGCAUCACUGUCAGUCACAGCAGCUGCUGACUUGAUGAGGAUUUAGUUGCUUUUCAUGCCAUUUAGCAGCUUUUUCUCUCUUUUUUUUCCCUGCUUCUCGGCGUCUUGCUUUCCUGCUGCAAGCACAGUGUGCUCCUUCUGAGUGAGCAAGCCGUGAGGUUUCACAGAGCAGCAGGUGUGGUGCACAGUGUGAUAAGCAACAGUUUCCCACAGUUCUAAAGCAUGAAAAGUGGUAUCUAAGGUAAAAUCAAAAGCGACUUCACCACCACUUUGGAGUCUUUGGCUCAAUUACAGAAGCAAAUUUGCGAUCAUGUGGGUCUUUACCUCUCUGUGAUCUGAAAAUACCUGAACUCAUUUUCUGACAUAUCAUCAAAACAGAUCCUGAAAAGACUUUCUGGAAAAAGCUUAAUUUACUUCCUGCUUCUGCUAACACCAGCAUGUUACUGGUUACAGAGCCGUCACUUUAAUCGUCUACACAACAGGUUCUGUUACCAUUAACGAGGCUUCAGAAAUGAUGUCUAAUUUUAGAAAUCAUGAUCUGGGUAUUUAAAAAAAAAUGGUGGAACUAUUUUCUUUGACCACCUGCAGACCAAACAAGCUAACAUUAGAGCUCAGCCAAGCGGCUGCCGUCCAUGUUUAUGUCCCGUCACAUGAUGCUUCUUUCUGCACAGGGAUCCAUUUCCAGGUGUACUGGGAGCAGUGGUGGUUGGAAGAACGAACAUAGUUCCUGUAGUCUAGAAAUUGAUGAUGAGUUUUCAAGACUUCUUAAUGCCUUGAGCACCACAAGGUGUGCAGUGCCACCUGGUUUGUUUUAUGUUCAUAAGAUUAAAGAGAAGACCUAUACCUUCAGAGGAAACGAUAAAAAAACAACCAGCACUGCAGGCCAGAGGAAAAAUAUGUAUUUAAUUUUUUUUAAGAUGAGCUAUUCAUUAUUCAGUCCACAGAAAUGUCUUUUCAUUGACAGCGUUUUGCAGGAAGUGUCUUUGGUUUGUAUUUCUGAGCCCAGUGUUCGCAGGACAGUCUUACAACUCUGCAAGGAGGUGGUAGGAGGUGGAAUUUUGGCGCUUUUGGAGAACCUGUGUUGCUCUUUAUUACAGUCUUAUUACACACUAAUAAAAAAUAACAAUUUGAAUCUUUAAUCUUAGGAGUUGAGGGCAAGAUGUGGGUUUUUUGUUUUUUUUUGUUUUUUAAAUGUUAUUCCCAAAAAAGCUGAAAAUUCCUUCUGCUUUUUAGAGAUAAAAGUUUUGUUUUGUUUUUUUUACAGUACAAUGACCGUUGUACAAUUCACUUAUGUUGUAUUAAUGCUACCUGACGGCUUGUUUCCACUCUUUCUUACCACCUGAGAAGCUUUCUCGUUCAUCAAUGCUUCAUUUUGAGCAACAAGCCAUCCACUUGCUCACUCUGCGGUUACACUUUUUAGCUUUAUGCAAAUCAGCAGUGUCUGUAACCUUGACCUAAUGUGAAGACAUAUUUAGCAUCUCCUUUGUUCAUUUCUUGUUUGAAAUGUUUGCAGAAACUAAUUUUGCUGGAUUGUUUGUAGAAAUCAUCCUUUAGCAGUAUGCAGAGACUUUUGACUUGUAUGCUGCAGAAAGCCUCAAAUAUCCUGACAGUGUUUCUAUUAAUCAUGUGGAGGCAGGUCACACAGCCAAGGAAGGAAACUAACCACCAGCUAAAGGUCUAAACCUCACUGAUCUGCAAAAUAAUCAAUGCAAGCGGUCCAAUGUGAAUUCUGAUUUAAUCACAAGAAGGACAGAAAUGUGUAUUUUGCCUUUUGCGAGUGAUGUCUGAGCCGAGAAGCAGGCAGCUUUAACGUUGCUGUUAUAGAUAUAAUAGAGUUCAAAGCUUCACACCAUCUGCUAAUGCUGCUCCUCCCCCCCAACCAUCAGGCACUGUUGCUUACUUGUGAUCUGCGUCACACAUGCCACUUUAAAAAGGGAUUAAGAGGGGAUUCUUUCUUUUGUUGCUGUUCAUGCCCUGGUCUGAUAGUUUCGACAAUAGAAAUGGCAGCAGAUCAGAGGUAAAGCCGCUGCUCUCGCCCUGCAGGAUAUUCGAAAAUCAAGCAGAAAAUUGUUUGUCAGAGGUUGUAAAAUUUAAACCUGCUCAUGUGAACUUCUUAUACUGUUGAACCUAAACUGACAUGUGGUGAUGUUGCUGCUUGUAUCUGAGGUAAAGUGUUGUCCUCACACGUGCAGUAAAAAUCAUUUUAUAAUCUUCCGUCUGUGUUCAUGAGCCCAAAUGUUCCCGAUCCUCGUGGAAAUGAAGCAGUAUUGUCUUUUUUUCGAGUUCACAGAGUUCAUCCCUAGAAUGCAUCCUACACACUUUAGCCUUUGGGUUUAACAUUUAUUUGAUGUUUAAGCCAGGCUCUGUUCUUAUUUCACUGACUAGAGAAGGCGCCCUCAGGUGUUCUUCAGCAUCAUCUCUUGUAUAUUUUAUUCAGCUUAAAUUUGAAGGCUGACAUGAUUCACUGCUGCCUAUGAAAACAAUUUUUCUGACAGUGACACGGCUGACUUUGAAACCAGAUUACUGAUGUAGUGGUUGUUCGCACACUGACUUUAUUCAGUCCAGACUGGGUGGAGUGUUUUUGUGCUGAGUGUAAACUGAAGGAAGCGCUGAUGUUUGAAACCCUGCAACUGGUUAACUAACUGCACCAACGGCUGUUUUGUCAACGGGCCCACCUGUGUCUUUUGCACAAUGUCAAACGUGUUGUACUUUUAGUUGAUAACAAAGGGCAAUAAAAUCAUUUUGGUGGAAAUCCG